AUGGCCGAUUCCAACCAGUCUGGCACCAUCGCGCGGGCCACCAAGCCCGUCAGCGAGGCUCUGCUCAACGAGAAGUGGGACCGCGCCAUCUCCUCCGUCAUCAUCAAGUCCUCCCUCGGUCUGUCUUUCGGUGUUGUCUUCUCUGUUCUCCUGUUCAAGCGCCGCGCCUGGCCCGCCUGGGUUGGUCUCGGUUUCGGAGCCGGUCGCGCUUGGGAAGAGGCUGAUGCCUCCUUCCGCCGUGGUGAUUCUCCCAUCAGAGAUGCCCUGCGCCGUUAA